GAAUCUGCAAGCAACGACGCAGACGAUCUACGGAAACAAUGUCAGUGUAUUGUUGUGGACUCUGAUUUUAAGAAUAGUAUUUGGAGCAAAGUAGAAGCAGAAAUGAAAAUGGAUGAGUCUGUCUGUAAAACUCGGUGGGCCAAUAUUAGAGACAACUUCAGAAAAUCUUUGAAUAAGCAAAAGACUAAGAGUGGACAACAAGCAUACAAAUAUUCAGAGCAGUUGAGCUUUUUGAAGAAAUUCUUUGAGGAGAGGGAGACCAAAACGAACAUUGAGAUCUACGUAAAUAUCGACGAUUUCAGUGCAGUGCAGUGUCAGUAUCGUAGCAGGCGGAACCGUGCCGUAUUUAUUUUGAUUUAUCGUGGCCGACGAUAUUUUUUGGAUUUCACGUUGACAGUGUUAAAGACGGAUGAUGAAAACCUUUUUGUUUUGGUGGAAGAAAACAGUGUCCUCUAUGAUUUAAAACAUCCAAAAUAUAUAAAUACACAGUUUAAAGAGAAAAUAUGGAAAAAUAUAGGAGAACAACUUAAACAAUCAGGUGCAGAUUGUAAAGCGAGAUGGAGCAACAUUAGGGACAAUUAUAGGAAAUCGAAAAAAAGACGUAUGACGAAAAGUGGUCGAGCAGCUGUUAAAACUAAAAAGUACAAAUAUGAAGAUCAACUUGGGUUUUUACUUCCAUAUAUGGAAGAAAGAGCGACUUAUAGUAAUGUGAGUGAAAAUGAUACCCAAACUAUUCCAGACGAAAGCGAUACCCAGACUUUUGCGAACGAAGACGAUAUAGAUGAUAAUCAAAAUCAGGUGACAGCAGAUCAUGCUGAAACCCGCGAGGAAUUUGACGAUACUAAAAAUUCAGUUAACAACAGUGAUGAUGACCCCUUUAAAACACCUACAUUGACUGACAAAACCGCAAAUUAUUCUACAUCAAAAAAAAAUAGCAGGUAA